AGGGGACAUCAUUGGCGGUGAGAAAAGGCGUGAACCUGAAACUCAGAACCUCAGAGAGCACAGAGACUGCCCAGAGAGCCUGGGAGGAGGCAGGCGGAUCCAGAGAUGCAAACACCAAUGUUUUCUACCCAAGCUGGAAACAGCCAGGACCAGAGAGCUACGUGAACGGAAGUGCCUGCCAGGGCAAUUUUCCAAGUGCUCCAGCGCCAGGCUUCGCCACUUCUGAGAUCCGCCACGGGUGCCAGUGGGGUUGGAGGGUCUGCUGUACUUCAGGCCAUGCCAAGCCAGGGACUGUCCCUGCACGUGGCCACCCUGCUGACGGGGCUGCUGGAAUGCCUUGGCUUUGCCCGUGUCCUCCUUGGCUGGGCACCCCUGGUAUUUGUCUUCAAAACAGAGCAUUACUUUGAGGACCUCUGUGAACCGAGCACUGGGCUGAUGAGCAAUGCCAUGGGCCACGAUGACUGCAGAGCCCAGGAUGAGAGGUUCUCCCUCAUCUUCACCCUGGCGUCCUUCACGAACAACUUCAUGACCUUCCCCACUGGCUACAUCUUUGACCGUUUCAAGACCACCGUGGCCCGCCUCAUAGCCAUGUAUUGGACCUCAGGCUGUCCCACUAAGGCCUCUCAUCCUUGUCUAUCCCAGCCCUCCACUUGCCUUGUAAUUCACACCCAGACCCUCCUUUCCCCAACAGAAACCCCAGGACCAGCACAGCCAGAGGAACUGUGUUCUUUCCGGAGCUGUGUUUCCUCUCGGCGCUUUGCCUGGGACCUGGUGUGGCUUUCUGUGAUACAGCUGUGGCACUACCUCUUCAUCGGCACCCUCAACUCUCUGCUCACCAACCUGGCCGGUGGGGACAGGGCGCUGGUCAGCAGCUACACAAAUGCCUUUGCCAUCACUCAGUUCUUUGGAGUGCUGUGUGCCCCCUGGAACGGCCUGCUCAUGGACCGGCUUAAACAGAAGUACCAGAAGGAGGCGAGAAAGAUGAGUUCUUCAGCCUCAGCCGCGGCCCUUUCCUCAGCCGUGCCUUCACUGACCCUGACAUCUCUGCUGUGCCUCGGCCCUGUCCUCCCCCUCCAGUACGCCACUUUCAUCCUGCAAGUGAUCAGCCGCUCCUUCCUCUACGGGGGCAACGCCGCCUUCCUCACCCUGGCUUUCCCUGCAGAGCACUUUGGGAAGCUCUUUGGGCUGGUGAUGACCCUGUCAGCCAUCGUGUCCCUGCUCCAGUUCCCCAUCUUCACUCUCAUCAAAGGCCCCCUUCAGAACAACCCCUUCUACGUGAAUGUGAUGCUGGUGCUUGUCACUCUCCUGACGCUCCUCGUCCACCCCUUCCUGGUGCACCGGGAGUGCUGCCGGCAAGAAGCAACUCCUGGCACAACCGCUUAGUUCAGAAACCCUCGCUUGUCAGCCCUUCCAAUGCUUUUGCUUGUCUUUCUUGGAGGACCGACCCUGUUUCCAGAAAGACUGUGUCCACUCAGGGUACCUGUGUUAAGUGGCCAGUGUUUUCUCUGAAAUAAAAAAAAGAUGUAUCUAACUGCCA